UUGUAUGACUGAAGGCAAACAACUUUUCCUAUUCUGACAUACGCUUCCGGGGAACGAGAAUCUUUUGUUUGAAAGGAUUAAAGAAUGUGCAGAAAACGAAAUAAAGGCUAUUGCUCUACUUCGCCUGGAUGUACUGUUCUUCGAAAAAUUCCAGCUGAAGAUGUUUUGCAAGUUACUGCUGGGCAUAAUUAUGUUGCAUUCUUACUCAAGGAUCAUCGAGUCGCUCGUCUUCGUUAUGAGAUUGAUGCCAACACUAUUGAAUCUGCUGCCCCAACAGACAAAAAUGAAUCCGGUCAGCGCAAGCCGAGAACGAACAACGACAAUCAUCAACAACUGCUUAACCCGUAUCCGGUUCUGGUUCAACCCCAGCAAAUAAUAAUUCUGAUUUUGCUGGAAAAGAAAGUGCAUGGAAUUUGAAGGAUUGUAUAUUUAUUCAUAAAGAGGCUGUAAAUGAUACAAGCAUCGUUAAAAUUGUCGAUGGUGCUUAUUGUGGAAUUGUU